AUGUUAUGGAGCAGUAUAAAAUCUCGAGACGCACCGUUAUUCCCGGGGCUUCCUUUUCUGAAAAUGCUUUGGCAAACGCUCUUUUUAUCGCUGGCUGUUGCCGUCUCUGCGAAGCACAUCUACAACGCGCAUCCUGCCUUCGUGAACACGGAGCGCAUCCAACCUUGUAUUUCAGUCAAGGAAAAUGUGGAUGGUGCACUUGCGACUAUCACAGAUUGCACUGAAGACGCCAACCAACCCAGGCCAGUGUACGACUGGGAGGUUGCUUUCUUCUUCGACGCCCCCGUUGGGACUACCUCGCAGCAAAUCCAGCUCCGGGGGACAGACAAGACUGACGCAGCAAGACGGUGUUUGGAGGUUAAGGACGGUGUGGACGCCAGCGGAAACUGGGUCCAGAUUCGGACUUGCAACAAGAACAACGCCGACCCAAACCAGCAGUGGACUUCGAACACCGACUCCACGCUACGCUGGGGUGUCAAUGCUAACCAGUGCCUCGAUCUGCAUGACGGCAAGAUCGUGAAUGGCGCGCCACUUGUCAUCAGGCCAUGCAACACUCUGGUCGAAGCUAACUCUACGCAAGCAUGGAACACUCGUGCCGUCACCCGCAUAGUCGAGGAUGCCCGCCUGAUCAUCGGUAACCGCCCGCUCAACGAGGCCAACUGCAUGACUGCGUCUUCCAAUAGCGUCAACGCGCGUAUCGGCCUGGGUGUCUCAUAUUCCAAAAUGUCUACCCACAAGGCAGCAACGUCUGGCGUCUCCCCUCCGUCGGCUUCACUGGUGUCAUUUCUGUAUUUGCUGACAAAUGCAUCACGGUUCCUCGCGGCGAACGGGCACGUGGUGUCCAGCUUGCACUCGAGCCGUGCCUCGCCAUCCCGGCCAACCAGCGCUUCAGCGCGCUCCUCACCGGGCAGCUCCAGCUGGAGGGCACCGGCUUCUGCAUAG